AUGUAAGGAGGAAUGGCGACGGUCGAGACGAAUUGGACGCCCGAGUAUAAAAAGUGAAUUUGACCAAACAGGAGCUGAUCACAGGUGGUUGAAACGUGCAGCGCGUGAUCGUGUGAGAGCCCGCCGGUGUCCUGCAGUGACGAGUUGCAGCAAACAGUUAUUUGUGAAAAAGAGGCGCCAAAAUGGAAACUGAGGUAACAGUGGCCCCCUCAUCAAGAGUGGUUUCCACCUCCACGCCACAGACUGUGACUGCCACCCAGACCAACCUGGCGGCCAAACAGAGAGAGAGCAGAAAGGCCACGUCAGCAACUCCUGCGUUUCUCUUAAACCUUGGCAAGGCCACCCUGCGCGGCAUCCGCAAGUGCCCGCAGUGUGGCUUGUACAAUGGCACCCGCGGGCUCAGCUGCAAGAACAAGGCCUGUGGGAUUGUCCUCAGAGACAGCUUGGCAGGGGGCAGGAGCAGCAAGAAGGGCGCCGUAGAGGUGGUGAAGGUGUUAAUAGACAGCGGAGAGCGAGGGGAUGCAGGGGGAGAAGAAAACGAGGGUGGAGGCAGUGGCUCAGGUGGAGGGGUGCAGGUGUUUUCGGUGUGUCAGAGAGGCAGAGGGAAUGCAGCCACACAGUUGGGGUUUGUGGAGCUUGUUCCCACCGAUACAGCCAUAGCCACAGGUGAUGGGGCCACCUUGUUAACCAGGAUCAACCUGGGCCAUUGCUUCCUGCCUUCUUGCCGACAGCAUCAAAGGUCAACUCAAGGCCAGUCGCAGUCGGCGGCAAACGCUUCCAAACAGGGCUCCUCCUCAGACAGCCUCUGCAUGCACAUCAAGCAAGCUAUGGAGUGUCAGAGCCAUGCGACUCCUCUGAAAUUGAAGAGCUCGGUUCUGGAGGGUCUGCAGGCCUCUGUUGAAGCCAAGGAGGAGCUGUGGAGGCUGGCCACAGAGUCCCCGGGGCCCCUUGUGCAGCGUGUCUCUAAAGACGUCCUGGUGGUGAAGUGCCACACUGAUUCUAACCACCCCCUCGGCCUGCUGCAUCUCACUGUAGGUGCUGGUGAGAUUUCAAAGAUGGAGGGAAGGGGCAGAGAGGGGCAUCAGCAACAGCAGGCUGUUUAUCACUGUGCAUGUCAGGUUAGCACCAGAAGAGCUAAACCUGAUGGGACGGGUCAGCCUGGGUCCAGCUCUUCAGACCCCUGCCUUCACUUCUACGCCUGUGUGUGUGCCUUCGCAAGUGAUGACAAACUGGCUUCAGACUUUGCUGCUUUCAUCAACUACAGCUCCAGUGGUGUGCAGCAAACGUCUGACUGUAGAAUACUUUGUGCUCCUGAUAAGUCCCUGCAGCAGCCCAGUCCAGUCAACUCUGCCCAGAGAGGAAAAGACUUCGCCUGGAUGAAGCUUUCACUGGUCGAUACCCCCUCUGUAGUUAUGCCUUCUGGGGUGGGGAGAGAGAGAGUGUCACCCUCCAGUCUGAGGAAACCUGGUCAGAGGAAAGCCCCAGGUGGCAGCGGGCUGAAAACACCAGGGAGUGCCCAGUUUGUGGAUGAGCAUACAGUGACGAUGGGCUUCCAUCAGUGGCUGGCCAGUGUCACAGAGAGGAUCCACCAGACGAUGCACUACCAGUUUGAUGGAAAGCCAGACCCGCUGGUGUACCAUAUCCCGCAGGAGUUCUUCAAUGCCCUGCAGCACCGACUCUCGCUGGGCUCCAAGAAACGGAGACUUCCCAACACCACAACAGCAUUCGUGAGGAAUGAUGGUCUUCCUCUAGGCUCUUUCUCCAAGUACACCUGGCACAUUACUAACCUCAUGCAGGUCAAACGCAUUUUCGACACCCCAGAGUUGCCUCUGGAGCUGACUCAGAGUUUUGUGAAAAAUAUCGACGGCUCCUAUUCACCUUUUCGCUGUCAACCUCCACCUGAACCAGAGGCGCCCGAGGGAUACAGGACGGACAGGCCCCAGGCCAUUCGACCCAUGGAGCUGCGCACCUUCCUCAAAGUUGGAAUUUGCACAGCAGAUCAGAAAGAGGCUUGUCCUUUUGUGAUCGAGUGGAUCCCAGACAUUCUUCCUCGCUCACGGGUCGGAGAGCUCAGGAUCUGCUUUGAAUUUGGCCACCAGCAGAGCGGUCAGCCCGAAUACUAUGACGGACAGAGCCAGAGAAAUAGUGGCACAGAGAGGAGAGGUCGCAACAAGUCAGCAGACCCCACACAACCCAAACAUACUCCGGGUGUUGAAGUCCUUCAGGUGGUGGUCUAGGUUGCGGAAUAGCAGCGCACCCACUAAAAACGUUAAAAACUAUGCGAAUCUUCAAUAUAAACAUGCUAAUAUAAUGGCAGUAUACAAUCAAUUUGUAUUCAGAUUUAGUCGUCUGAGAUGUUUGAAUGCCUGUACAACAUCACUGUGUUUAUGUUCAUAUAAAAUGUAUAAGUGAACAGGGGUCUGGGAAAAGAAAUAAAAAUCUCUUGACAAUCA